AUGGCAUCUCCCGCCCGCACCUUUCUCGCUUUCCAGCAUGAUGCGCAUCUUCACACCCUCGAAACAGUGGUGAUAGCAGUCCACCCAUUCACAUCCCUCGAAGAAUCAGACCGCCAGCUCUUUAAAGAUGGCACAGAGAAACACCAUGCAAUCAUCACAGAAAAGACAAUCUUCCACCCCCAAGGCGGCGGCCAGCCCUCCGACACCGGCGUGAUGAAAGGACCCGCAUCAACUUUCACCGUCACGGCAGUGCGCAUGAGCGUAACCCACGACGGCCAAGUAUUGCACCUGGGCCAGUUCGACAAUUCAACCUCGUUCAGCGCGGGCGAGACCGUUCAUCAGGCAAUUGACGUCGACAAACGUCUUCUUUACUCCCGCCUACACACCGCGGGACACGUCCUCGGUGCCGCAGUCCGGUACCUCUUGGAAAAAGAAAUUGAGAAUUUCGACGAGUUGAAAGCUUCGCAUUUCCCGGACUCUGCGGCUUGUGAGUUCCAGGGUGCUAUUGACGGGAAGUGGAAGGAUCCGAUUCAGAGACGGCUGGAUGAGUACAUUGCUGCCAAGAUGCCCGUUCAGGUGGAGUGGUGGGAUGAGGACGAUUUCCGGGCGCGAGGAUUGGAGCGGUUAAUUCCCGAUCCCAGUCUCGUGCCGCCUGGCGAGAAGUCUCGCGUGGUGAACAUUGUUGGUGCGGAGGUUUAUCCCUGUGGAGGGACGCACGUCGAUACGACGGACUUGUGUGGAUCGACUACGGUUAAGAAGAUUUCGAGGAAGUCUGGGAAUUCCCGGGUUAGUUAUACAGUUAACUGA